UACUGUAUACUUGGAGUAAAUGUGUUCUGUGACUAUAUAAGUCUUUCUGAGUGAGUGUUUAAUUCCUCUUUGAACAUAUAUUUUUGGUUUACGUUCAUUGAAAUCGAAAUCCAUAUAUUAAAUAAAUAGCAUACACGUAAUGUCUACAUCUAGCAACAUAUCUCAAACAGCAUAUUCUCCUUCAGAGCCCGAAACUCCCCAGGGAACAACCCAAAAUAGACUCCCCAAUUUUGAUCAUUCUUUCAACCAUGUUGAUAUAGGCCAUAGUAUAGAACAAUCAAUGAAAAAUGCUCAAAAAGAAAUGCACCACAAAAGAAUUCAGUCAUUGAGAAAAGAGUUAGAUUAUCUUAAGUCCACUGAAUGGGAAUUUGAGUAUGAUAAAGGUUUUGUGCAGUAAUAUAAAAGCUUCAGUAUGCUUUCAUAUCUAAAAUCAUUAUUUUCUUACUUUUUUAAUGAUCAAAAUGAAGAUUUAUGUGAAGAAGUGAAAGAAGACUUUUUAGCAGAGCAAUUAGUUGAGUUGGAGGCUCUUAAUGAGCAGAAAUACAUGAACGAUGAAAAUGAGCAUUCAGAUAUACCAAGAGAUGCUAAAUGUUUUCAACGCACAGGAACUAUAACAUUCAUUAGUGACAGUCACUAUGUCUUGAUUGAUGGCAUGUUGUAUUUUGAUAUAUCUGCAUGUUCAGUAAACAUCAAUAUCAACGACAAAGUUCUUUACCUAGCUUACUGUGAUUCAAAUGAGAGAAUCGUAGUUGUCAGAAUAUUGGAGAAUCAAGGAAUUAGUUGGGGGGAUGAAGAACAUGUUGAGCAAGAUAAUUUUGAUGUGAUACAACACAUAAUUAUAGGUGAAGUUGUACAAAGACAGGAACGUUUUGUAUAUAUUAAAGAUAGUGAUCUUAAGUUCAGUCUUGAUGAUGUUUAUUCUACAUUUGUGCCCAUUGAAGGGGACUGGUUGGAAUUAAACUGCAAAGUUCAGUGGGAUGAAAACAAACCAUCUGACAUAUCUUCUGCACAGGUUUUGCAAGUGCUCUCCAUCAAACCGAUAAGAAGUAAAACUAAGAAUGCUGUUAUUACAGAAUGGUCAGGUGAUUAUGGUACUAUUGACAGAUGUAUAUUUUUCAACAGGCAGUGUUUAGAAAAUAAUAUUGACCCACAAGUAGGGACAAAGGUUAUUGUGGAUAUAAUUGAAAGUAAUCAAGGGUCCUUUAGCUGGCGAGCAUUAAAAUUAACCAUUACAGAAUCUGUUUCUACUUCAGAAACAAAUUCACAUAGUUUAGAUGAAGAAGAGCAGAGUUUAUUUUUGGAAAAAGAGAGAAAUAUUACAGUAACUUAUCCUUUAAAAUUUGAUAAACUUGAUAUUCAAAAGACAGCUCGUAUGAAAUUGGUAGUAACUAAUAACAGUGAUGAUGUUCAAUUUAUAAAUAAAUGGAUAAUGCUAAGUAAAAAAAGGGAUUCACAAGUAAACAUAGAACCCGCUUUGACACGUCCUAAAAAACUUUACCCAAAAGCGUCAUUUACAUUCAAUAUUACUUGCCAUCCAAAAUUUUUGGGUAACACUAAAGAAUGUCUAAUAAUAAUGUUCAAAGGUUUUCAAGCUAAACGAUACAUAGACAUGUCAAUCGUUAGUGACAAUGUACCUUUAAGAUCUGACGGCAAUGGAAAUAAUUUUAUCAAAACAGAAAAUGAAAAAAUCGAGUCACUUAGACAAAUUAAAAGAAACGAUAAUAGAGCAUUUUUGCCUGGCAUUAAACCGUGUAAGCCGCCAGCAUUUAUUCCGACAAGAAUCGGUAAUUUUCCAGUGCCCCAAAAGAUCUGGUCUGCUAUUAUAGGUGAUUCGGAACAAGCUUUAUGGAGUUCAGAAUAUGAUAAAAUAAUAAACAGGAUCGAAGAAACUUUACCUUGUCUAACACAAGAAUUGCAUAUCAAUAACUAUAUUGAUAAAUGGCAUACUCUGAUAUAUAUGGAAGAAAUACAAGCAAAUAUCAACAUGAGAAGAUAUGAUAUGCGUAAAGUAUUCCUAAUACAUUGUCAAGAAUACCUCGCUAUUGAAAUUAAAGAAUUGGCUGAACAGAGGCCAUCCUUGAUUAAAGGCGAUCGGGUUGUAGUAAAAGAUGAUUGGAACCCCAGUUCUCCUCUAUAUGAAGGAUUUAUUCACAUGAUUAAGGGUGAUCUAGUUUUGAUGAAAUUCCACCAAAGGUUUCAUGAAACAUAUUUAGGUAGUGAUGUUUCUAUUGAGUUUCACAAUAGCCGUUCAGUAUACAGAAGAUGUCAUCAAGCCAUUAAUUUAUCUUUGUCAAAUCUCGGUCCAAAUGUUUUAUUUCCAAGUCGUAUAUUUCCACGUCCAAAUCAAGUAUCUCAAGAAAGAGUUGAUCAAAUACAAUGGUUCAAUCAGUCUUUAAAUGAAGGUCAAAAGGCAGCUGUAUUGAAUAUUUUAGUUGGGGAAUGUCGUCCUCUGCCUUACUGUAUAUUCGGACCGCCAGGAACUGGAAAGACAAUCACAGUAAUUGAAACCAUUUUACAAAUACUGCAUUUUCUGCCAGAUAGUAGAAUUUUAGUAGCUACACCGUCUAAUAGUGCAGCCAAUUUAAUCACCGAAAGGUUAUUAAAAUACCAAAAUUUAAUUUCUAAUUCCAUUAUUCGACUUAUAGCUCAUUACUUGGUAGAUUCAGACAACAUUCCGGAAGCAAUAAAAGCUUUCUGUGCCACUAUUGAUUUGGCUACAGAAGAUACAAUAAAAUCAAGGCAUGUUGUUAAAGACGGCAUUAAUUUACAAUGCCAGAAAUCAUUUAUUGGUCGACAUCGUGUGACCAUUGGAACUUGCCAUUGUCUAGGAAGCCUUGCGCAGAUGGGUUUUCCUAGGGGUCAUUUUACACAUGUAAUAGUGGAUGAAGCAGGUCAAGCAACUGAACCAGAAAUUAUGAUACCAAUGACUUUCAUAGAUAAAGAAAACGGACAGAUUGUACUCGCCGGGGAUCCAAUGCAAUUAGGUCCAGUGAUAAUAUCAAAAUAUUGUAUUGAAUUUGGGAUGGACGAGUCGUAUUUAUCUAGAAUCCUAAAGACAUUUCCGUAUCAAAAGGAUUAUGCUGCAUUUAAAAAUGGUUAUGAUAAAAGAGUAAUUACAAAACUCACUGAUAAUUACAGAUCCCUAGACGAAGUUUUAACAUUGCCAAGUGAGAUGUUUUAUGAUGCUUCGCUUGUAGCUAAAAUUGAUAGAACUCAAUCAUGGGUAUUAAAUAUAAUAGAGUUUGUAAAUGGUCUAUUCGACAAGAGUGAUUUGAAAACGGGCGGCAUUUAUGUCUAUGGAAUUAGAGGCAGCAAUACAAGGUCACAAGAUAGUCCAUCAUGGUAUAAUCCCCAAGAAGCCUCAAUGGUGGCUUUAACAACUUGUAAAUUGUACAAAAACAAUAUUAGUGCUGAUGAUAUAGGCAUUAUUACUCCUUACAUUGCUCAGAUAAAAUAUUUGAAACUGGUGUUUGAAGCAAUGGGGUUAACUCAACCAAAGAUUGGAACUGUGGAAGAUUUCCAAGGACAAGAAAGACCUAUUAUACUGAUAUCUACGGUUAGAUCCACUGAAGCUUAUUUAGUGGAAGAUCAACGUCAUACUUUAGGAUUCGUUAAGAAUCCGAAGAGAUUGAAUGUUGCUAUCACUAGAGCUCAAGUUAUAGCUAUUUUAUUUUGUGAUCCUCACUUACUAUGCAAAGAUAUAUUGUGGAACAAAGUUAUAACCCAAGCUGUUGAUGACGAUAAAUAUAUGGGUUGUGAUUUACCUUAUCAUUUGAAGUAAUUAUCUUAACUUGGAAAAUAAAAUCUUAGAUUAAGCAUACAACUGUUGUUU